UUAAGAGAUGGCCCACUUGGUUCCUCACAAUAACUUCUCUCGCAAUGGAGGAGGAGGAUUCACAAAUAAUGUUCCGAUAAUUAUUCCUUCAAGAUUCGAUGUUCCUGAUGUUCAGCAAGAAGAUGAGCCUAAAAAUAACAUUAAAAGAGCACCAAGAAUAGUUGGGGAUGCUAGAAUUGUGACAAGAGCAUUUUCAAGACUGAGAAUCUCCCAAGCUUGUAACGCUUAUCUUGGAAUGAUAGGACUUGGAAUCUGAAUUAUUGAAAGAGAGAUAAGAUUUGAGUACGGUCACGGAGCUAACGAUGACAUAAGGAUCAUUUUACUUUCAAUAAACUUCCUAACAACAAUUUUGUUAUGCAUCUCCCUGUUUUUCUCAUACAAAAACGAAUUUAGCUGGAUGAGAGCAAGAGGUUUCUUAACUAGAAAUGAUGAUCUUCUAAAUACUGGUAUGUACAAGAUGCUCAUAGCAGAAUGUGCCAUCUGCUUGAUUUCUCCUUUGCCCUUUAUUCAUGACUCAACUUUUAAAGAGAAAAACAACAACUAUGAUGUGAAAAUAAAGCACUGGUAUAACGAUCUUUUACUUGGGUGGAGCUUUAUAAGAAUUUAUUUAAUUAUAAAGUGAGUCCUCACAAAUUCAUUUUACAUGUCAACCAGAGCACAAAGAGUUUGCCAAAUGAAUGGAUGUUAUGCGAGCUUUAGUUUCUCGAUUAAAUGUUUAAUGACCAGCCAACCCUACCUCGUUCUAAUGACAAAUCUGGUCAUGAGUAUGUUUUACUUUGGAUAUUUGAUAAGGAUUUUCGAUCAAGACCUGUCUGAAGUUUCAGAGCAAAAUUUUAACAAGAUUUCAAAUCCUGUCUGGCUGUCAAUUGUCACAAUGACAACCGUAGGAUAUGGUGACUUCUUCCCAAAGAGUAAUCCAAGUAGAAUUGUUGGUAUAAUCUGUUCAUUCUAUGGUGUAUACUUGGUGUCCCUGUUCGUUAUCACUCUAGAAAACCUGCUUAGAUUCGAUCAAUCAGAGUCAAGGUCAUAUGAACUUAUUAGUAGGUUAGAAGACAAAGAAGAACUUAAGCUACAGGCUGUCAAUGUUAUCACUUCUGCAUUCAGACAUAAGAGAGCCAAGAGAAAGAGUGAACAAGCUGAUGAUGGCAAGGAUAGGAAAAAGAUGGUGCUCAACAAACUUAAAGUUUUCAGAAAGUAUCUGAUGAAUUUCAAGCAGAUUGCUAAAUCUAUCAGAGGAAAUUAUGGUAUGGAGAGCCCAGAAGAUAGAGUUAGAAGAGAGAUAGAUGACCUCAGGAACUCAAUUGCUGAGCUUCAUUCUUCAAUCAGAGGGCUCAGUGAGCACUUUGAAGUUGAGGUAAUUGAGAGAAAACCAACUAAUGCUGGCAUAUACCAGAAAGGAUCAACCGAUGAUGAUAGUAGUGAUCCGAAGAAAGAGUAAUCAUACAUUUUUAAGGAUGAGCUUCGUUCAUUAUGAUCGUUCACCUCCCGUCACAGACGAAGUUCUAAUUCAGGAUAAUUAAGUAAUUGGCUUGAGAAUUGUUCCUCCAAAUAAAUUUUAUUGCCCUCCAUUAUCC